AUGAUAUUACAAGCUAAUGGCCCGCUGACUUCAACAACCAUUUUAAAUUUAAAAUACGAAAUCUUGUGUAAGAUCUACACAACUAAAAUUGAUCAAAUUCAAGUGGUUGAAGAUCAGUUACCUUAUAUUCAAAUAGAUCAAGAUCAGUUAGAUCAAAUCGAAAGAGAAAAUAUUCAAUUAGGUCAAAGGCAAUUAGCUAUUAAUGGAUUUGACAUUAUUAUAAACCAAGAAUUGGUAUUUGAAAUCAUAGAUCAGAUCAAUGAAGUAAAAUCAAUGCGUGUACCAAUUAUUCACGAUGAAGAAAUCACCAUUAACACUCCUAACUUUAUCAUUGUUCCUACUGAAAAUCCUCUAUUUAUUUUUGAAAGCUGUCAUAAGUAUUUGAAAAGAUUUAUAAUCGCUUAUAUGGCUAUUAAUGAAGUUGAAGAAGGAGAUAAGGUUAAAGUUGAACUCGGUAAAUAUUUAAAGACAGGAUCGAGACCUUCAUCUAUCAUCUACAUAGCUUCGUGUUUGGAUCCAGAAAAUGCCAUUAACGCUUUAGCAUUUACAUUGAGAGUCCCCUUGAUUACAUCCAUCAGUCUGAGAAAUACAAGAUUUAGUACUGUGAAUAAGUUUUCUCUCUAA